CUCCUCUCUCAGGUGUGCUCCUCCUCCUCUCUCAGGUGUGCUCCUCCUCCUCUCCUGCAGGUAAAUACAUGACCUUCAUCAUGGACCCCCUCCUCUAUCCAAACAUCAUCAAACAUGGUCGCCAGCUGGACUUCCACGAGUUUAGCGGGAAGGUGGCGCCGGUGACCUUCGGCUACCCGCCGGUGGUGGACAGGAAGUUCCCGGGCCUGCAGGAGCGAAUCAGCCGCUCCUUCCAGCUGCUGCAGGGGGACAGCCUCCAGGCGCUGACGGAGAGCAUGAUGGGUAACCUGAUGCUGGUGUUUCGGCAGGACUUCCUGGGCGAGCGGCGGGGGGGGGCGGGCGGCUGGCGUAGCGCCGACAUGUACGAGUUCUGCAGCUCCGUCAUGUUCGAGGCCACCUUCCUCACCAUGUACGGCCGGCCGGCCGGCGCCCGCCGCCACAGCGGGAUGGGCGCGCUGCGUGAAGACUUCCUGCGUUUCGACAACAUGUUCCCGCUGCUCAUCGCUCAGAUCCCCAUCUGGCUGCUGGGACGCACCGCCGCCGUCCGCCAAAAGCUCAUCGGCUACUUCCUGCCGCACAGGAUGUCGCGCUGGUCCGACAUGUCGCAGUUCAUCCGGACGCGGGCGGAGCUGUUCGAGCAGUACGAUGCGCUGAGGGACGUCGAUAAAGCAGCUCAUCACUUCGCCAUCCUGUGGGCGUCGGUGGGGAACACGGUCCCCGCCACCUUCUGGGCCAUGUAUCACCUGGUGAGCCACCCCGAGGCCCUGCAGGUGGUCCGGCGGGAGAUCCAGGACGUGUUGGGACUCGGCGGCGUCGAGGCCAGCGGCGACAGAGACGUGCCGCUGAGCGGAGAGCAGCUGGAGAAGCUGGUCUGUCUGGAGAGCGCCAUCAGGGAGAGCCUGCGUCUGUCCUCGGCCUCCAUGAACAUCCGCGUGGCUCAGGAGGACUUCGGUCUGCGUCUGGACGGCGAGCGCUCGGUGGCCGUCAGGAAGGGGGACUUCAUCGCCCUCUACCCUCAGAGCAUGCACAUGGACCCCGAGAUCUACGAGGAGCCGCAGUCGUUCCGGUUCGACCGCUUCCUGCAGGACGGACGGCUGAAGACGGACUUCUACAAAGACGGUCAGAGGCUCAAGAAUUACCUGAUGCCGUUCGGCUCCGGCUCCUCCAAAUGUCCCGGACGAUUCUUCGCCGUCAACGAGAUCAAACAGUUCCUGAGUCUGCUGCUGCUCUUCUUCGACCUGCAGCUGGAGGAGGGGCAGCCCCGAGCCUCCCUCGACCCCAGCAGAGCCGGACUCGGCAUCCUGCUGCCCGCCACCGACGUACGCUUCCGCUACCGCCGCCGCCGCCUGCAGACCGCCUGACCGUGAGUGUGCGUGCGUGCGUGUGUGUGUGUGUGCAUGCCACAUCCUCCAUGAUCAGUUUCAGGCCGUCUGCAGGACCCGCUUGUCAUGACUCGACCUGCGUCCUGCAGCGUGACUGAAGUGUUCAGCCAAUCGGACGGCAGAUGAUGAAGUGUGAGUUUGAGAAUGAUGUUUUAGGUUUGGGUUUUACGGAUGUGUGACGUGAUGAAGCUCAGACUCAGAGUCGCCACCAGACGAGGAGCAAAACAAACCAACACAUUUUUAAAAGAUAACCUGCAGAAAA